CAAUAUAAUUGUCUCCACUUGGGACGUGCAACGGACUGUGAGCGUAAGAACAUUUGUGUGCUUUCUGUAAACUAAAUAGUGGCCAUGGAUGAUGAGGAUGUACAACAGUUUUCUUUGCGCUGGCACAAUCAUCAGGUAGAACAGUUUGAUAGGAGCCCUAGGUCGUAUGUUGAGCAGUGGGAUCCUGACUGACGUCACACUGAGUGCUAGUGGGACAUCCGUGAAGGCUCACAAACUUGUUCUCGCUUCUUGCAGCCAGUAUUUCGCUCAGCUGUUUAAGGAAGUGGAAGCGGAGAACAACACACUGGUGGUAGUCCUGAGCUGUGAUGCUACGGAGCUGCGACUGCUGCUGACCUUCAUGUACACAGGGGAGGUGACUGCCUCCAAGAGCAUCUUACCCUCGCUACUCCGACUGGCACAGACCUUGAAGGUGUCGGGACUCACUGAUGCCGAUACGAACUCAACCCUAACGCCAACAGAGCCCGAAAUUCAAGAAGAAUUCAACCCCCCAGUGAAACUAGAAACGAAGACCGAAGCCCAACCCCCCCUCAUCAUCAACGACAACUCCAGCUCCAGUUCCAAACUCAACUACGAUGAAAUACUAUCCCCAACGAUCGAGAAAGACGGCCAUUUUGUAAACGACUUCAUAGUAAAAACCGAGAAGGAUCGAUUGAGCAAAUUAGACCAGAUUGUGCAGAAUUUGUAUAGCACCCACAAGAUUGGCAACCCUCCUGCUGCUACUUUGGUUAAUUCUGGUGUUACAGAGCAACAAGACCCAUACGACAGAAAAUGGCGCAUGAACAGCUCAAUCUGCACGAUAUGCAACAAGCGUCUAUCAAACCAGUACAACUUGCGCGUGCACAUGGAGACGCACGCGGGGCGGCGCCACGCCUGCCGCGCCUGCUCGCACGUCUCGCGAUCUCGGGACGCGCUGAGAAAACACGUCGCUUACCGACAUGCGCCGCCGCAGCAUAGGCCCGGGAGAGACUUGUCCACUAUCUAGAAUAAACGGCUCAAAAUAUAAGGUGGAUACGAUUUGUGAAAGAAGAUAUUAAGUACUUAUGAGGCCAAAGUUGUUUAUUAUGUGGUCUACUAUUGUAAAAAUCGAUGAAAAAAAAAAUCUACACAGUUUAUUGAAUAAAGGAGACUUUUUGUCGCGAUUUUGCAAAUAGCCUCAUAUUUAAAGCUCUUAAAUUGUCAAUGUUACCUACCAAGUGCUGGGGUAAUUUAUGUCGUAUCCACUUUGUAUUGAUAUCUAAUCUAAAGAAUAAGGAAACUAUGCAAAUGCUGGAACUGAAGCACUUAAACAGAAACAUAACGCAGUUGCCUAGUUUUCGUAUUAUUCAGGACUUAACGGCCUUCCCCUUAAUUGAGAGAAAAAUUGGAGCUUCAUUGAAAAAGACAGAAAUAGUAAAAACUCAGAAUGAUGUUACCAGAUAUUUUUAUCGUUAGGCAAUUCUGGUGAAGACAAAUCGUUCAAUUCAUGUACGUUUGAUUAUAAAUAAUAUUCAUCCUGUGUUUUAGAAAACUUAUAAAAUGUCGAAUACCCACCGACGGUAUAUUACCAAAAGAAACGUUAAAAAAGACGAAUUUGUUACAUUUUUAUUCACAUUAUUUUAAUUAUUGUUUUUGUUUCAGUUCUUCAUUGUUUAUUAACUUAAACAAUAACUAAUCAUAAAAAAAUAUCAAUGGUCGUAGCCAUAUUUUUAACGAUAUUUUAUUUUUAUUACCAGCAACACUCGUCAUGUGUUGCCAUAAUCUGAAAAGGGUUUUUCUGGCUACACCCUACUUAUACUUAGUUGAUUUAAAUAAUAAUAUAAUUUAAAUAAUGGUUGUGAAACCUUUCACUAUUGUGAACUUGGCCUUAGCAAACAAUUGCAAUAUAGAACAAUUUUACAACGCUAGUAAUUUUUACUCUGUAUUUAUUAUCCAUGAUUAAGAUAUAAUAGGAGUGUUGUGUAUUAAUGUUCAAUUUUUAUAUUAUUCUGUGAUAAAAGGAACUAACGACAGUGUUGUGAAGCCAACUGUAUUUAUUAACCGACUUCCAAAAAAGGAGUAUGUUCUCAAUUCGAUCGGUUUUCAGUUGAAUUUGAUGAGCAAUAGCACAAAUGCAAUAGUUGCUUAUAUCCACACUCUAUACAGAUUGUGUAAAGACAACUGGUCGAUGGUUCCUCAAUUAUUUAUUUUGAUGUCACUCCAAUACAAAAAAAAAACUAUUUGACUAUUUAUUCAAAUAUAUAUUUGGGCUUGCUGUCCUGGUGAGCUUUGUACCACCAAAAAAACAACACAGAAGCGCCACCUAGCGAGUCCGAGAAUCCAUUGAAAAAACAUAUGUACAAACUGUUAUCUUAAUCAGUCCAUUAGGAGUACACAUACGAAAAAUAUAAAAAUAACAAUAAAACUCACAACUUUGGAGGCUGAAGUUAUUCGGAGUGACAUCCACAAUUUUAUGUUCUAGUCAUGUUUAUAGGCCCUACGUUUACUAUAUUUAGCCUAAGCUAGCUUAAAAAGACAUUUUAUUUAAUAUAAAAGACAAUUUAGUUAAUUUUUAAUAAAUAUUUUAAAGUGU